AUGACCGACAUAUACGACCACCUGAUCUCCCAGACAAGAUCGAACAUUCAGAUUCUGAUUUCGCACAACAAGAUCUCCGAGGUGGAUGGCAACCACAUACUUUCCAAGCUCCCAUCGUCCCGAGGUGUCGACGACCUUGUGAACAGCGCGGGAAGGCUUGCGAUCACUCAACGAAACGGAGCCCUCUCACCAAGUCGCGUUCAAGAAGCUAGAGCAAGCUGGGAUUGGCCAGGCGAUGGCCCAGGAGACCUCUCGUUCAGAAAAGGAGACAUCAUCGAGAUAGUGUCCGAGACAAACGCAGAGUGGUGGACUGGCCGCCUGCACGGCAAACAAGGCACCAUUCCCGCGAACCACGUUGAAAAGCUCUCCGGGACACCGACAUCGCGCGCUCCUCCUCCGCCUCCAGCGGCGCGAGACCGGGACACGUACUAUGAGCCCAAGUACAGCUCUCCAGGUCCUCCGGCUCCUUACUCCCCAGGGCCUCCUAUGGGAUAUCACCAGCCCCCUCCGGGUCCUCCUAUGCUCUACGGGCCCCCUCCAGGUCCACCGAUGAACUACCAAGGGCCUCCCCCUGGUCCGCCGAUGUAUCAGCCGCCUGCGGCUGGGCCACCCCCGAACGGAGCGUACAACCCUUACAUGCCGCCAGCGUCCGCCCCUCCUGCACCGCAAGAGCCGCAGAAGCAGGGUCGGUUUGGUAAUCUGGGCAAUACACUUGCUCAAUCGGCGGCAGGAGGGCUGGGUUUUGGUGCAGGCUCCGCUAUUGGAGGUGACAUUGUGCACUCGAUCUUCUAG